AUGAGUUAUACAGAUUAUGCUAAUGUCUGCGCGUCUUUCUUAAGAGCUGGAAGUACAGAUGGGGUGUUUGGUCCAGUUCGUAACCCAUGGAGCUACACAACCCUAUACCGUGAGCAGAGCACAGAAGAUCUAGAUUCUGACUGGGCAAUCGCAGGAGGAAGUUCAGGAGGUAGUGCUGCAGCAGUGGCAUCUCUCAGCAGCUUCCUAGCCUUGGGAUCUGAUACAGGAGGCUCUACACGAAACCCUGGUUCUCUCUGUGGGGUUGUGGCUCUGAAACCCACUUACGGCCUGCUCUCUCGUCACGGACUCAUCCCUCUGGUCAACUCAAUGGAUGUGCCAGGAAUCAUGACUAGGAGUGUCCAUGAUGCUGCCACUGUCUUGAGGAUUCUGCAGGGCCCAGAUGAGAGAGACUCAACAACUGUCCAGGCACCCAGCACCCCACCUAGCCUUCCUGAACACUUUGACAUUAGAGACAUAUGUGUCGGUAUACCAAAGGAAUAUCACGCCCCGGGCCUGUCUACAGACACUCUGGCCCAGUGGAGUCGAGUUGCAGCCAUGUUUGAGCAGGCGGGGGCGCGGGUACAGGAAGUAUCUCUGCCACACACACAACACUCUAUUGUCUGUUACCACGUCCUGUGUUGCUGUGAGGUUGCAUCCAACAUGGCACGUUUUGAUGGACUUGAAUACGGCCAUCGUAGUACAGUCGACAGCUCCACAGAUGCCAUGUACACCACCACACGACGUGAAGGCUUCAACAAUGUGGUUCGCAGUAGAAUUCUGUCAGGAAACUACUUCCUACUGAAAUCAAACUACGAGCGUUACUUUGUGAAGGCUCAACAAAUGCGGCGUCUUAUUGCUGAAGAGUUUAAAAAUGUGUUCCGCUCUGGCAUUGACGUUCUCCUGACACCCACAACGCUGAGCGAUGCGGCGCGCUACACUGACUUCAUACAGGAAGACAACCGAACGCGCAGUGCUCAGGAGGAUGUCUUCACCCAGCCUGUCAACAUGGCAGGUUUGCCUGCUGUCACGGUACCAACAGCCCUCUCACGCAGAGGUCUUCCCAUCAGCCUGCAGCUGAUUGGUCAGGCACUACAGGACUGGAAGCUGUUGACAGUAGCCCACUGGAUGGAACAACAAGUCAACUUUCCAUUGAUCCAUUUGCAUGGAGACUCAAAUGAGAGAAAGCUGGACCGAUCAGUCAGAGAAAGGACACACACAAGAGGAUCAUAACCAAAAUGCAAAGACUGAACAGGUAGAGUUAAGAGGAAGUGAGACCUAUGAGAGUUACAUUUGGUGUCUUACUGUCUAGGUACAUAAGAAGUGAGAAUGUGAGUGUAAAUGCUGUAUCAGCGCACAAUGGAUCUAUAUGACACUGUCUCUGUUUUGGACUGUGGUCUGUAUGAUUCAUUCUUCUUCAUUUGAUCAAAAUACAACUUACAUCUAUUCUGCAGCAUUGGCGUAAGUGGAGUCACUGAGUUAAACUGACUAGUAGUGCUAUAUACAGUGGUGUGAAAAAGUGU